CGCCUACUCACUUUGCCAGGACUAAGGAGAUUUAAAAGUGAACAUUUUAGGGUUGUUUGAGGUGAACUGAAAGCUGUUAUUGGACGUUGUCGUAAGGGCAUGAGACUUUGGCUUUUCAGGCAAGGCGUAUGGGUCCUCAAGGAGUAUUGUGAGAAGAAUAGCCACCAAUCUUCCACUUAAACCAUGCCCCAGGGUCCAUUUUCAGCUCAAUCUUUACACUGAAGACUGUAGUGUCCUGAACAGUGCUGGGAGACGGAAUGGACUGGUUGCCUCUUUGGCUGAUGUUGUCUGGAUCGACAGGGAAGAUGAAAAUGACUGGUUUGGAUUUGGAAGACUGAGGUCAGAAGCACCGUCCCUGCUCAUGUUCCGUUCUCACCCGCCUCAGCCCAAACAACAACCUUUGCCCAGACGUAGAUCAUUACCCAGCCUGCACCAGGGUCAAACCCGCAGCAACGAUGAGGCCAUCCAGAAGAUCAGUGCUCUAGAGAUGGAGCUAGCCAAACUCGGAGCCCAGAUCGCACAGGUAGUACUGACCCAGGAGCAGAACGCACAGACACCAGGUGGUCCUCCUGCCCCAGGUGCCCCUCCACCUCCUCCACUCAUGGGAUUCCAGCGGAGCUUCUCGGUCGUUGACCUCAUCCAGGAGCACCGUUGGAAUAAGACAGAUGGCCAGACACUGCUGGACCAGGAGCCCAAGCAGGCAGAGGUCCCCAACAUGCUGGAUGUGCUUAAAGACAUCGGCAAAGUCAAGCUACGCCCCGCUAAGAGUCGGCUAGAGAGCCAACAGAUGCUGCGUCUCUCAUCGCUAAUGCCUUGAAGCGCAAGUUCGCCCAUCGCUAUCGCCACGACAAUGAGAACAAGGAGUUUGACUUCCCAGCCUCUGAAUUCCCCAAGACUGACAAAGUAGAGGUUCCCCUGGUAAGAGCAACACUGAUACUACUAUUACAUCAACCAUGAAUCCCCAGUUUGGGCCUUAUAGUUUCAAACUACACUGUAAAACCUUAAUCUGUGCAUUUCUGGCUAUUGUGUGUCUGGGUUGUCAUUUGCUUAACUUUCUCUGGCCUCUAGAGUCAGCACUGGCUGAAAACCCCAGCCCCUGUAGUGAAACUACACCGAGACACCCAUGGUAAGAGAAGUACAAGCAUGACUAAAAUCUUAGAUUUUAUAAAGUAAUCUGAUCUAAUAUUUGAUGCGAGUUUGGAAACUAAUUUGCUCCUGUCUCUUUUACCUGACCUGUAGUUUGGGCAGCACAUGUUGAAAUCUACUGGCCAGAGAAAGCUCCUCUGAGCACCCAGAGAUGGUUUGACCUCCAGACACCCAUGGACACUUAAGUGCCUUAUCAACCUGUUUGUCACCCGUCUCUGGAUGGCCACGUUGUUUGACUAGAUAUACAAUCAAUCUGCUCUCUGUUCCUACUCACCAACAGUAUUGCCUCAGUCUUCAGUUCUUGUACUUUGAUAACAUACCAUAUGUAAUUAUUUGUUUUACUUUCAUUUAAAAUAUCCUUUUUGUUAAACUGAUGCCAGUUUCAAAGUCUUCGAUCUUAAAUUAGGACGGUCCAAGAUUGGUUGUUAGAUUUUGUUUUAAUGUAGAUUUUUGUACCACAACUAAAUUCCAAUGAGAUUCACCCUUGUGUGUUCUGGAUAUAGUCGAACACUACAAAAUCCUAACAUUCCUCAACUGUUAACUACAUGUAUUAAAGGGGAUUGAACGGUUUAUAAAUGCACAUCCAUUUUGCAUGCCCUUUAAGGCAGUUGUAUUUAUUUUUGCCUCACUGGGUCUUUGCUGUCUACUUCUUACCAGGGAUAGACAUGUAUGCAGAGAAGAGGGAUCACUUGUGUAAUAGGCAAUUUAAUAUUUUUGUAAAUUGCAUCCUAGUCGGUUAAAUGUAUUUCUAGUCAAUACCAAUUUAUCAAAGCGUCCAUGGUUGAUUUAAUUGUAGACUAGCUCGCUUUGAGUUGUACUGGGACAAGUUCCGGACCAAACGUACACUAAUCUACAGUCUUUAGCCAGUCUUUUUAUUCAUUACUUACCGAUGCUGGGCAGGAGGACGUUUUAUUAGUUCCAGAUCCAUGACAAGCCCAUUCUGAGGUAAUGCUACUCCAUGACCAGCUGUAUCCCUCUUUUUAAACCACAAAUGUCUUCAUGUUAGUUUCAUACCGUAACCAGUUCCACUGAUGGUAAACAAUUGAAGACAUUGGCCAGUUUUAUUUCAUGGAAAAAUACUAAGCUUUGAACCUUUGCAUGGUGGGAGUAUAAGGGAACAUAGACAACUGUCAAUAAUACUUGAUUUAAAACCUGAACUCAAACAUAGGGAUUGUGUGAGGAGAAAUGUCAUCUACAUUUGACAAACCUAGAAUCAAAUUUAUGAAUAAAACCAAUAACUGUG